AUGAUUUUAUUAAAUAUUUUGGCACUCCUGUUCUUAGCAGAUGAGGUGGUUGCUUUGGAGAAUGAUGAAUGGACAGCCCCCAUGGACUGUUUACGGGCAAGCGAGAUGUGUAACCAGAACGCCCAGUGCAGCUCACGUUUCCGUAUCAUGCGCCAGUGCCUGGUGGGCCGAGAUCGCAGCGCCAUGCUGGAGAAUAAGGAGUGCCAGGUGGCACUAGAGGUCUUGCAGGACAGCCCGCUGCACAACUGCCACUGCAAAAGGGGCAUGAAGAAGGAGCUGCAGUGCCUGCAGAGCUACUGGACCAUCCAUAUGAGCCUCAAUGAAGGUGAAGAACUUUACGAGACAUCCCCCUACGAGCCAAUGCAUUUUUCUGAUGAAUUCCGACUCGCUUCUAUUAUUUCAGCCAUGGACUCAGCCUCUUCUAAGGGCACUGUGUGUCCCGAGUCCGUGAAUUCCUGUAAUCCGUGUCUGGAUGCUGCAAAGGCAUGUAACCUGAAUGCGGUGUGUAAGCGUCAGCGCUCGGCCUACGUCACCGCAUGUAGCCGCUCUGCGCCCAUCGCGCUCUCGCCCGAACCGUGCAGCCGUAAACGCUGCCACCGGGCACUGCGCCAGUUCUUUGAGCGUGUGCAGAAUGAUCUCAGCUACCCACUGCUUUUCUGCUCGUGCAGGGACAAAGCCUGUGCUGAGCGACGACGUCAGACCAUCGUACCCACCUGCUCUUUUGAGGAGAAGGCAAAGCCAAACUGCCUUGAACUCCGGAGGAUCUGUCGAUCAGAUGCACUCUGCAGAUCCAGAUUGGCAGACUUCCACAUGAACUGCCAGACGACUCCACACUCGAUAACGAGCUGUCCUAAUGACAACUACCACGGCUGUCUCGUGUCCUACGUCGGGCUUAUAGGAUCAGAUGUGACCCCAAACUAUGUGGAUGCCAACCAUGUCAACAUCACCAUAUCGCCAUGGUGUGGUUGCCGUGGCAGCGGUAACCAGGAGACAGAAUGUGAAGCUUUUCUACGUGACUUCAGAGAGAACGCAUGUCUAAGAAACGCAAUCCAGGCAUUUGGUUAUGGAGCAGACGCUGGUUUCCUUCCGUUCACCGAAUCUCAUUCUGUCAUUCCAUCUGAAAAACCCAACCUUCAUCCUGCCAUUAUCACUAAACCCGACAUCAUCACCAACGACGUCAAACCAGUCGAGAGUGCGUGUGUUUUCUCCACAUGUGCAAAUCUUAAGGACGGUGCAGAGAAGUGUUCUCCCUCCAGCAGUUUUGAAUGUGCAGAUGAGAACAUUCUGGACUCCAACAUGGACGGCUCCAUCGACUCCCACCAAUCCGAGAAUGACAGACACUCAUCUGCAUAUCUGUCCGGCAUCUCCACGGCAGCCAUCAUCCUGUCCAUCAUACUUGUCAUUCAGGUUGUGUAA